AUGGAUCCAUAUACGCAGCAUUAUAGCUUUCAAAAUCUCUUAAAUAGCCAACAACCAUACACCCAAAACCACUUCUCUCAACCACUACGUGAACCUAGUAUAGACACAGUCUCUACGUCGGAUGCCUCUGUCUUCGGUCCAGAAGGGACUGAAGAUGGCAAUGAAGAUGCAGAGACUGUCUCUAACCGUAAAGAGAGACGCAAAUGGACACCUACAGAAGAUGGUGUCCUAAUAAGUGCUUGGUUAAACACUUCUAAAGACCCAGUAGUAGGAAAUGAGCAGAAAGCAAAUGCGUUUUGGCAACGUAUUGCUGCUUAUUUCGCUGCGAGUCCUAAGCUAGCUGGUCUGCAAAAGAGAGAUCGAACGUGCUGUAAACAAAGGUGGGCGAAGAUUAAUGAGGCAGUGUCGAGGUUUGUGGGCUGCUAUGUCGCUGCAACGAAGCAGAGAUCGAGUGGACAGAAUGAGGAUGACGUGUUGAAGAUAGCUCAUCAGAUUUUCUACAAUGAUUACAAGGUGAAGUUCACCAUGGAGCAUGCAUGGUUGGAGCUUCGCCAUGAUCAGAAAUGGUGUGGAGCCUCGACUGAUAAAGUGCAGGGUAAGAGAAGGAAGUUAGGUGACCAAGGUUCACAGUCAGCAACGUAUGGGCCAGGAAACCAUGUAGAGGAUGAAGCUCGUCCUGUUGGUGUUAAAGCAUCAAAGGCCAAAGGAAAAAGUUCAGUGAGCAAGCAAGCGAGUUUGGAAGAGAAAGAGAAGGAGAGGAAGGAUUUUCAGAACGUGUGGGAGCUAAGGGAAAAGGACUUUGCCUUAAAGGACAAGCUCAACAAGCAAAAAUUGCUUGACAAACUCAUGGGCAAGACAGAGCCCUUAAGCGAACUUGAAUUAGCUUUGAAAGAACAGCUUAUACGUGACAUGUUGUGUAUUUAG